AUGAAGUUUGGGCAGUACCUCAACGACAACGCCACGCCCGAGUGGAAGCGCGCGUACAUCGACUACCGGGCAUGCAAGAAGCAGAUCAAGCGCAUCACUGCGCGGCUGGAGCAGGCCGACCCGGAGGCCGCGGACGCCGGCGAUAGCUCGGGCGACGACGACCACGGCCCGUCCAAGCCCAAGGGGCAGCGCCCGCCCUCGACCCCCGGCGCAGCGUCUGUCACCGUCGGCAGCGGGGCGGCCACCACCUCCCCCGCCACGGGCGCCGCGACGCCCGGCGCCGCUGCGCCAGACGCCAAGCCGCCGGCAGCGGCGGGGGACACGCUCAGCCCCUCGACGACGCGGUCGACGUACCAUACCCCGGCGUCUGGAUUGUCUAGCACCGGCAAGAGCCCAGGUUACGGCGCGAUGGGGACGAGCCCCCGCCUCGCGUCGGCGAGCGGCGGCGUGCCCCUGCCCCCGGCGCCAACACACCCGCCCCCGCUACACCUCGGCGAGCCGGCGCUCCAGUCGCCUACGGCACCCGCGGCGGUGGAACCAGCCGCAGCGUCAGCGCAGCGCGGCAAGCUCCCGCGGCGGUUAACGGGCAAGGGCGCGGCGGGGGCAGCGUCGCCCGGCCGCGUCAACUUCUCGCCCGUCGUGCACGCGUACCCCGCCGAGGUGGACAUCAGCGAGGGCGGGGACAGCGGGCGGGCCGAGACGUCGCCCGACGACGCCUCGCACGCCGACACGGCGAGCACGGGCGGCGAGACGGCGCCGCUCAAGCGGACCACCAGCAGCGUGCACCGCUCACCCGGCCGCACCAAGGCCAGCCCGCGCCCCAAGCGCAGCCCGUCGGCGCUGCACGCCGGCUUCAGCCCCCAGUUCCAGAUCGUCAGCCCCCGCGUCCAGCCCAGCGCUGGGCUGUCGACGUCUGGCGUUAGCGACGCGCCUAGCGGCUCCAAGAGUCUUCGCUCGUUCAAGCUCCCCUCGCCUCGCCUGCAGCCACGCACGGCGAGCACGUUUGACGAGCUGUACGAGACGCUCGCACCCGACGAGCAGGCCUUCUUCGACCUGUUAGACCACGAGCUGGACAAGGUUGAGUCGUUCUACCAUGCCCGCGAGCUCGAGGCCGUCCGCAAAGGCAACGAGCUGCGCCAGCAGCUCAAGGAGCUGGCCGAGCACCGCCGUGUCUUCCACCGCGAGUACCCGCAGGGCACGAGAGAUUGGGAGGUGGCCAUGGGCCUUGCUAUCCCGGCCAGCACCAACCAGGCGAUUGAGCGCGCCGUCGAGUCGGCACUCCACUUCCGCAACCCGUUCAAGCACCACGAUGGAGACAACGACACGCCGGCCUCAGGAAAGAGUGCCUCCGACACGCCGAACGGUAACGGCCAUGGAGAAAAUGGUGGCGGCCGCAAGUCUCGCGAUGGAGACGACAAGGCUGCGAGGGCCGCGGCGGCGAGACAGUACGACCCCGAGAGAUACCAAAAGUACAAGCGGGACUUGCGUGGUGCCAUGCUCGAGUUCUACCGCCACCUCGAACUGAUCAAGAACUAUCGCGUAAGUUGGGGGUGCACGAAGUUUGCUGAACGACGACAGAUUCUCAACCUCACGGGUUUCCGAAAGGCGCUCAAAAAGUUUGAGAAGGCGACCAAGAUUGUGUGUCUCGAGCUGUACACCGACGACCGGAUCGCGCCGUGCUCCUUUGCGCGCGGUGAGGUCAUCGAGGGCUUGAUCAAGGAGACUGAGGACCUGUUCACCGAGCACUUUGAGCACGGCGACGGCAAGCGAGCGCGCGAUAGACUUCGGAGGCAGGACGAAAACCACACGCACUACCUCAGCAUGCUGAGAUCAGGCAUCAUGCUCGGCUUGGGACUUCCGCCUGCCGUGCUUGCCAUUGUCAAGUCGUACGACCCCGAGACUCGGAGGGCCAUCCCAGCGUGGGAUGCCCUGCUUACGAUCUACGCGGCACUCUACCUCCCCGUCCUCUUUGCCAUGCUGUUCGAGCUGAACCUUUGCGCAUUCGUCGAGGCGCGCAUCAACUACGAGUUCGUCAUGGAGCUGUCUCGCCCGACGCUCGACUUUAGGUCAUACCUUGAGAUGCCGACCUUCUUCUUCAUGACACUCAGCUACUGCUUCUUCUUCUCGUUCUACCGUGUUGCGACACACAAUGUGGCGCCGACAACGUGGCCCGCUGCGUGGCUUGUCCUCAUCGUCGUCUUCUUCCUCAACCCGCUACCCAUCUUCCGCCGGCGGUCACGAUACUGGUUCCUUCAUGUCUUGUGGCGCGUCAUCACGCCAGGUUACUCUCGCGUCGAGUUCAUUGCUUUCUUCAUCGCCGACGAGCUCAACAGUCUGGUCUACACGAUCCAGAACGUCUACUUCCUGUCCUGUGUCUACGGCAACCAUUGGCCAGACAAUGCGUACGGUGUCUGCCCGUCUGGCACCUCGUGGCCGUACGCCCUCCUUGGCGCACUUCCCCCGCUCGUCCGUCUCAUCCAGUGUCUGAAGCGUUAUCACGACUCGGGCCUCCAGAUCCAUUUGGUCAACGGUGGAAAAUACUGCAGCUCGAUUCUGUCCGGAUGUCUCUUUAUCUGGUGGCGCAGCCAGGGUGAACGCCGAGCGCAUACCUCCUUCGUCGUCUGGAUCAUUUUUGCCACCGUGUCCUCGAUCUACACUUCGGCAUGGGACCUGAUUGUCGACUGGAGUCUCCUGCGACCGGGGUACAAGCUCCUGCGCCCGGACCUCGGGUACGCCCACCCGAUCGUCUACUACUUUGCAAUGGUCACCAACAUUAUCGUCCGCUUCAUCUGGGUCUGGUACAUCCCCAACACGGUCAUCCACCCGCGCCUCCGAUCCUGGAUGUUUGCGUUGUUUGAGAUGCUCCGGCGCUGGCAGUGGAACUUUUUCCGUGUCGAGACCGAACACCUCGGUAACGCCGACGCGUACCGCGUCACGCGUGAGAUUCCGCUGCCGUACCGCCGCGUCGACGACGACGGCUCCGAAGACGACAUUGCUGCGACCAAGAAGAGCCUUGCGCGCCGCGCCAGCACCAACCCCAUCGCUGUCAAGCUUCGCAAGAUGAAGCACAGCCUCGUGGGCAAGGACACGUCGGGACGCGGGCCUGACGCCUUGCCUGUUGGCGCGCGCGGCAACUUUGCCCAGCGCGAGUACGAGGCUCGUCGGCCCGGCGACGGCGACGACGACCGCGAGAGCGAGCUGAGCGCAGUGUAGUCAGUCGGGAGCCAUCAUAUCACCCUCAUAGAUCUUGUCAUUAUGGAAUUUGCUGCAGC